AUGGAUAACCCAGAUAAUACCAAUGGUACAGUAAAAUUCGAUGUUUUUAGAGAAAAUAUGAACGGAUCACCCAUAGAAUAUCUGGGAAGAAGAGAAGACUACAAUAAAAUUUGUGUUCCUUUGUAUAAAGCAUCACUAACCGGCGAUUGGAAAGCUGCAAAGGCCAUCCUUGACACCCGUCCAGAGCUGGUACGGUUUAGCAUCACUGAAAAUAAUGAAACAGUGCUACAUGUUGCAGUAUUGGGGAAAUCAUACUUGUUUGUCGAAUAUUUGGUACGUAUGAUGGAAACGAAGGACUUGUUACUUCAAAAUAAAAAUGGUCAAACUGCGCUCUAUUUAGCAGCCACCGGACAAGAUGUGAGAAGAGCCAAAAUUUUGGUGAAAAAGAACAAAAACUUGUUAGAAAUCCCUGAUAAUCAAGGAAUGAUGCCUCUCUACAUGGCUGCUUUAUUUAGAAAUCACGAUAUGGUGACCUAUUUGUAUCGUAAUUCUCAGAAAAUGACCGGCGAGUUUUGGACACCUAAGAAUCGAGGUUGGGUUCUUGUGAAAUGUGUUCAAGCUGAUCUAUUUGACAUCGCACUACAAAUGGCGAAAGACUGUCCCGAGCUUGCUAUAAAUGGGAGGGUACUCAGAGUAUUGGCUCGAAAACCUUAUGCAUUUAAUGAUAUCAGACCUAAUAUCAUUCGAAGACUCAUACGCUUACUGUGCCAUCCCAAGAUUGGAAUUCCUGACAUGGAAAGUCAUUCCUUGAAAUUACUAAGAAUCAUGUGGACAGAGAUUGUGAAAUUGCCCAAGGAUCAAAUAGAUGAGAUAAUAAGAGGUCCACCAGACCAAACUAAGGAAGAUGAAAGGCAAACUGGUUGUGAAAAAGAGAAGCAUGAGCAUGAAGCAUUGGUAUUGCUAAGAACCAUUUCAGACAACAUCGCAAAUAUGCCUACUAAAAUCUUUAACCUAUUCGGAGGGUCGGUUGAUGAAAACACGAGGUGCAAAGAUGCAAAGCGAAAAUACUCUUGUCGAGUACUGUUUCUUGCUGCGGAAAUGGGUAACACUGCAUUUAUCAUCGAGGUUAUUCAACAAUAUCCGCAUCUAGUAUGGGAGGUAAACGAUAAUAACCAAAGUAUAUUUCACGUUGCGGUCUCGCAUCGUCAUGAGGGUAUCUACAACUUGUUAUAUGAGAUAGGAUCACUCAGGAAUUUGAUAAUUACUCUCGAAGACAAAAAUGGCAACAAUAUGUUACAUUUAGUUGGAGAGAGUGCAAAGAUUAAUAGGCUACAAAACAUACCAGGAGUGGGUCUGCAAUUGCAUCUAGAAACCUUAUGGUUCAAGGAAGUAGCGGCCAUACUCCCUCCUCCUUUACGAGAAAAGAAGAACGCGGCUGGUCUAACGCCACACGAAGUAUUCACCAAGAAUCACAAAGAUCUGUUUUCGAGAGGUGAGGAGUGGAUAAAAGAAACCGCUGCUCAAUUAAUGGUGGUCGCUUCGCUUAUAGCCACCAUAUCGUUUGCAGCUGCUUUUACGUUUCCAGGUGGAUACGACCAAUUUUGUAUGGCUAGCAAUUGA